UUUGACUUUUGACAUGUCCCUUGCCGGGAUACAGUGGUGUGUGAUCGAACAGUAAUAGUGAACCUAGUUCAGCCGUUGUUAUUAAUCGUGCUUUUCUGAAAAAAUACAAAACAAAAACAAAAAAAUACCGGACCAUGUGACAAUGUCAAAAAUGAGUUCGAAGGAUAAAGAUAACAAGACGUUAGACAAAUUGAAACAAUGGUUCCGCAUCAACAGAGGUAAUUACAGAAGCAGAGAAGAUUUUGUUCUGACAAAUGAUAUUGAGAAAGAAAUUGGAUCGGAGAGCCCUGUAAAUCAUCGAGCCAAAGCAAUCAAGGAUCUGUGCGAAGGAGUGCUUAACCAUCAAUGGGAAGAUGGAACUGUCGAGAGAAUGUGGAAUCUCGUGCAAGAUUUGUUGGGCAAAGACAUUGCCAAAGAGCACAGGCACGUGACAUUGAAUUUUCUUCGAUGUCUGGUUCAAGGACAAUACAGUAAAUUAUCAUCUUUAAUGAGAGUGAAAUUUUUCAUGGUGGUGAGGGAUCACGAGAUUGGCGAUGACAUAGGACCACGUUUGGAAUUACUACAGAGCUUAACAGAAAAUGGCAAGGUAAUAUUGCAUUUGGAGGAGAGAAUGGGUCCAUUUUUGCUCGAAUGGAUGCCAAGCGUAACGGCGGACGAUGGAAAAAGGGGAGCUGAUUUUUUAUCUCUACUGGUCAACGUGAUAAAAUAUAAUUCGGCGUAUAUAGACGAAGACAUUGUAUCGGGACUUGUACAGUACAUAUGUCACUUGUGUUACAACAGCAACAGUACAGAAGUGGUAUCGGGAUGUCUCGAGACUUUGGACACCAUAGUCGGUUACAACAUAAAUUUACAAUCAGAUUCUUUGCAGACGUUUAUAACUGCGCUUUGUCGUAGCGUAAACGUCGAGACUUAUUGUCAGAUAAGCUGGAAAAUAAUGCGGAAAUUAUUAGGAACGCAUAUGGGACAUUCAGCCCUUCACACAAUGUGUCGUUUGCUACAAGAUCCAAACUUUCAACGCGAUGCCUACCUCCUGCGCGGUGCUGUUUUUUACGUAAACAUGGGCCUAUGGGGUACUCACAGAAUACCCAAAUUGAAAUGUACGCCUACCUCGGUACUGCCGUCUUUCAAUCAAGCCCUCGAAUGUAAUCAUCCAAUUGUCAUGUACGAAGUAACCCUCUCGAUACAACGCUUGGUGAACAAAUACGGGGUUGAAUUACAAGAGCCAACGUGGAGCAUAAUACUCGAUAUCAUCGAGAAAGUCAUCACGCAUACCGAAACGAGCAAUCAGCCUGCUACGAAACAAGUAUUCGCAAGCUUGCACGAGACGAUAAACAGCAUCGAACACCUCUUGGAUAAUUCGCAGUACAACGGUUGCAGACAACGGUUUUAUGAGCUUGUCGAAAGAUGCUCGGAUUCGCGUCCCGAGUCUUCUAUACACAAGCUCAUCGACUACCGCGCCUCGGAAAUCGGUCCAACGCAUUAUCUUUGGCAAGCUAAAUUGGCGACUCUGAUGGAACGUUACUACAAGAAUGAGACUCGCACCAAUAUACGGGGCAAAGUUAUCGACGUACUUACCAACGUCAUACAAGUCAAUAGAUCGAGAUACGAAGACGAGCUCGUUGAGAGAAUCGUUCUACCUUACAUGCAACACGUCGACAUGGAUCCUGAUAUUACCAUCCGAAACGUUGCCGCCUAUUUACUCGUUGAUCUUUGCCUCGAAUGCGAGACCAAAAGGUGCCUCGAGCUACUCGAUAUUCUCGAGAAAGUCAUAAAUAAACCUUUUGUCUCGGAAAAUACACCCAUCACCGUCGAAGCCGAUGUCAAAGAUGUUAAAACCGCAGUUGUCGGGGUUAUCAAAAUACUCACUGCUAAGUUGUACCAUUUACCAUCGAGUCACGCUAUCCGUGCUUACAAAGUAUUGGUCAAUCACCUUGAACAACACUACAGAGAUACCUCAAUUUUUCAUGAAGUACCCACCAUUCGUUAUUUAAUUUUCGAGUUUUUCUUAAAAAUUCGUGCCAAUUCUCUCUAUCAUCUCGGAUUUCCGGAUGGAACGAGCGGUGUCGUAACACGUUUUAGCCCUUAUCUAGUCCUCGAGCACGCGCCACUGGAGAGACUCAAUUCAAGCGGUGGCGGCAGCAGUCCACCGCCCGUUAGUCCGGCUCCUCUUCAACACAUAUCCUGUCAAAUAACACAUCUGUCGCUGGCACACGCUUGUAAAGCUGUUAUAUCGUGCAUAAAACUCGAAAAGGAUUGGAAAGUGCUGCAGCUCAUUUUGAAAGAAAUGCCACAAGUUAUGCAGAACAGAGCUUUGAUACUUUCGCGACACAGCAAUGACAUCGAUUAUCUUGCUGCUGCUCUCUGUUGUAUGGUGAGCGACAAGAAUCUCAGACUUCCGGAGUCUCUCUACAACGUGCCUCCAAAAUUCACUGUUUCGGAAUUUCGAGUUCACGUAUUCCCCGUGCUCGCGUCACUCGCUUCUUAUCACGCUCAUCUCGAGCCCUCUUUACAACAACGUUUGAUCAAAUGUUUGGAGGUCGGAUUGACCGCUCGAUGCGCCAGCCAGUGCGUAACGAGUUUAACAACUUGUACGUUGGAGAUGCGGGACGCUAUGAAUAAACUUUUAACCGAAGUUCUACUCAAUCUGUCGAAAAUUUCUGCGACCGUACACAUUGCCAUACCUAUUUUAGAGUUUUUAUCGACUCUCACCAGAUUGCCUAAAGUUUUCGCCAGUUUCAUCGGGGAUCAGUACAUGUCGGUAUUCGCUAUUUUAUUGCCUUAUACAAAUCCAUUCAAGUACAAUCAUUAUACGGUUUCGUUGGCUCAUCACGUUAUAGCUGUAUGGUUUCUAAAGUGUCGAUUGCCAUUUCGCCGUGAUUUUGUUAAGUUCAUCACAACGGGUCUCAAAGCAAACGUUCUGGUACCUUUCGAAGAGGGACACCUGAUAAAGCCCGACUUUAGUCUGAUAAACGAGGAUUCGUCGAACAGAAAACGGAGCUCGAGUUUAACCGAGCAAGGGAGUCGAGGUCGUCGUGAAAGGCCGAUCAUGUCAAAUCGAAUGAUAGGAGAAGGUCGUACGUUGGAUUUGAAGCCGCCUAUUGACGAAGCUCUAAUGACUUUUCACGUCGAACUUACCGAGACGUGCAUCGAUUUAAUGGCCCGUUAUACUUUCUCGACGUACACGGCACGACCCAAAAGACUUCCGGCAGCUGAUUUUUUGCUUAAAGAAGGUCAGUCGAUGACGUGGCUCCUGGGUAAUCGGCUCAUUACCGUUACGACUAGCGGCUGCAGCAACAAAGCGAUGAGGAACGGUCUCUGCGACAAUUGUUGGGCUGCUUGCAAAGCGGCUCCUUCGAGUCCGGAUCAUAACAAAGCUAUUGGGUCGUCUUCUCGAAAAACCUCCAGUACGGAGGGUGGAAAGGAUGAUAAUAAAUUAUCUCGACAGUCAUCGAGCGGUCACACUGGUUCGAGCACCGCGAAUACCGCGGCUAAUUCGCCAACAGAGGAUUCGAAAAAGUUUCUCGAUGACGUAGAAUCCGUCAAGCGCGAUAUGACGCUUGACAAACCUGAAAGACCGGACAACGGAGAAUCGACGAAACUGGCACAAAUUUUAGCCAGCGAAAAACACGAGGAACACGUACCGUGCGCAUGCUGGUGUCAAGGUUGGGCGGAAAUUUACGUCCGUCGUCCGACCGGUGACAUGUCCUGGACGAUGCGCAUUCAAAAUACCAUGCAAUUCGACGUUCCACAGGACUUUCCAAUCCACGACGUUACAGCGCUUUACAUGCCAACUCCGGAACUAUCGACGAAUACUAGUCAAGAAAUAGUUAUUGAUUUUCAAAUCAACGAGGAUAUUACAGAAGAUGCCAAUUCGGAACAAUUGCAAAGCGAUCGGGAGAUCUCUUCGUCGAAAUCGGUCGCAUAUUCGGCAUCAAAUUCAUCAAUUACUUCGACGAGUGGUCCGAUUGCGAUACCCGGUUCACCAUCGCGACCCAGUCCUUCGCGACAGAGUUCUCGUGACAGUCUGGAGAGCCUCGAAGAGGGUGACGAGGAAACCCGAAAAUCAAGAAACCCUGUUCGGCGUUCAAAUUCCAGUCCAGAGAUGAGCGCCAACUGGAAAAAUCCUUUCCUGAACAAAGACAAAUUAAUUUUGCAACAAACGGAAUCAGCGUCGAAUGAUUUUGAUGUUAAACUUGAUGCUGAACUAAAAAAACACGCCAAGAACGUCUAUACCAAAGAUAUGAGGGUCAGUUGCGAAGCCAUACCCGAAGAAAUAUCGGGAAUGGGAACGACUCCACCAUCCACAGAACAAACGACCGAUCAUCCCAGCGGUUUGAGAUCUCAACGAUCUUAUCCGGGAGCUACUCACGCUGUACAAAACUCUAAUUCUGCAACCAGUAAUACCGUACCACCUUCGCCUACAGCCGCGCAGCCUCCAGCAAAUUUUCUAACGGUUCAGAAUAGAACAGCACAGCUGCAAAAUAUCGUUGGAAAACCACCACAAUCACCGACACAGUUGUAUUCGCGAGUCAGUGAAUUGAGCCUCAAACAAUCGUUAACGAUCGAUACAAAACCACCGAUUGGUCGAAGUUAUGUGAUUGAUAAGAAGGAUGAGAGGCCCGAUCCGUCAAAUCUGCCUCCAAUUGCUUUUCGCGAUAGAGGCCACACAAUUUCCGUCAUGAGUCCAGUCAAACAAUCCCGGGAAUGGGAUAAUGUUAGACGGGGAAAUUCACCUCGCGUCAAAGAUACCUCACGAACUGGCAUCAAUCCCAGUUUCGUGUUUCUACAAUUGUAUCAUGCUGCUCAUUUCGGCACGACAACGGAAAAACCAUUGCUUGUGCCACGAACAACGGCGGUACAAAGAGCAGUUACGAAUCUUGACAGAAUACAGCCUUACGAGACUCACAAAAUUGGCGUGCUGUACGUAGGUCCGGGGCAAGCUUCGAACGAAGUUGAAAUACUCGCAAAUCACCAUGGCUCGUUGAGAUACACCGAAUUUCUUCAGCGCCUUGGUACCCUCGUACGUCUCAAAGACGUCGAUGAAAACGUUUUCCUCGGCGGACUUGAUCGCAAUGGGGAAAACGGUAAUUUCGCUUACAUAUGGCAAGAUGACGUGACGCAAGUGGCGUUUCAUGUUGCCACUCUUAUGCCUACUAAACUGAGCGAUCCUAAAUGUACAUCCAAAAAACAGCACAUAGGAAACAAUUACGUCAGUGUCGUCUACAACGAAAGUGGCGAACCUUACAAUAUACAAACGGUCAAGGGCCAGUUCAAUUAUGCAUGUGUAAUAAUUCAACCACUGGAUCACGGGACUAAUCAAGUGACGGUACAAGCGAGAGAGGAACUCGCAGAACACAUUGGUCACAGCGAGCCAAAGAUCAUAUCCGAUCAGAAUCUCGCGAUCCUUUCGCGGCAGCUAGCUCUUCAUGCAAACCUUGCUUCAAUGGUUUCAUCGUCAUUGAAACAAAAUGGACAAAACCCUUAUGCCUCCAAUUGGUUGGAACGUCUUCGGCAUAUAAAACGACUGAGGAAUCGGGUGAUUCAAGAACUAUCGAGUAACAACGCCGAGGGUUCGUCCGAUGAGGUUUCCCCUAGAUCCAACAAACGGGUUCACAUGGACGACUUCACCGAAUAUACCACUUGAAAUAUACAAAUAAUACUUAUAAUGAUUACAAUGACGUUUGAGAAGUGAAAUUGAAUGAAAUAUUACUGUAAUUAAUACAAAACAAUUCGUUGAGGCGUUAAUACUAAAAAGUGUCACGGAUUCGUUACUAUCCCUCCGUCAUUCGUCAAUUAUAAUUAUAAUUAAAUAACGGUUUGAUACA